CGGAAUUGAUGAAUGAUUCAACUCAAGAUAUUUAUCAAACAAUAGAGGAACAUAUCCAAGAUUUGAUAUCUUUGGAGUCACAACCUUAUCUUCAUCACUGCUCUCACUUCAAAAAUCAUAAGUAAUAUAAGUUUUAUUAUAGGAAUAUUGAUGUUAGCAGCUAUGAUAGUUAGCCCCUAUGUUAAAACUCAUUUUAUAAUCUUUGCAUUUUGCUUUCUAAUUUAUAUCUUAAGUAAACAACAAUGCAAAAACAACCCAUGUCCUGAAAUCUUCUUAGCUGUACGUAAGAUAUUUGUCUAGUCGUUAUCUACAAAAGAAUGAACGAACCUCUUUUUAGUAUAUUUGAUGGAUAUACUUCAUCUUCUCACCUUGCAUUUUGUCCUUUAGACCAAACCAUUUUUAUUACAAAACCUAAGAAUGAUAAUGUAGUUUUGCAUUUGGAGUUUUGGAAUCUUCGUAAAUGAAAUUGACCGAUCGGCAAAAUCCUUAUAUAUUGAUGAAUAAUUAUCUCCUAUAUGCUAAGAGAAAAGGACUAAUUACUUAUUCUCGCAAAUAUAUAGAAUUUAAGGCAUGGAUUUGAAUGUAGUCUCACAAUAUGCUUGUCAUCAAUCACCAUUCUCAAAGUCACUUGAAAAUGGCCACACAAUCAGUAACUUCACAGCCACAAAAGAAUCUUUGAAAACAGGCUUUCUUGAUCAUAUUGGUGCUCAUGAAUUCUUUUCAACAGAGAUGUGGAGAGCAACAUUCACUGAGCUCGUAGCAACAUCUUGCCUCUUAUUCACACUGACCAUAUCUAUCAUCUCAAGCUUAGAAUCACAUGAAUCAGAACCCAAGAUUCUAGUCCCAUUGGCAGUCUUUAUAAUUGCCUUCUUCUUCCUCUUAACAACCGUUCCUUUAUCUGGAGGUCAUAUGAAUCCAAUUUUCACCACCAUUGCUGCCCUUGAAGGUGUUAUAACUUUCCUUCGCGCCAUAUUCUAUAUCCUGGCACAAUGUGUAGGCUCAAUCCUAUCUUAUAUGAUAAUCAAGAGGGUGAUGAACAAAAAUGUAGCUAAAAAGUAUGCUUUAGGUGGCUGCAUGAUCAAUGAUGGAAAUGGAGAAGGGGUAACCCUAGCAACAGCAUUAGUGCUUGAGUUUUCUUGCACUUUUUUGGUCCUAUUUGUUGGUGUAACAGUAGCAUUUGACAAGAGAAGGUUUAAAGAGCUUGGAUUAGUAAUGGUAUGUGCAGUAUUGGCAGGAACCAUGGGAUUAGCUGUUUUUGUUUCAAUUACUGUAACUGGAAAGAGUGGCUAUGGUGGUGUGGGCUUGAAUCCUGCAAGAUGUUUAGGGUCAGCUUUAUUGCAUGGAGGUGCAUUGUGGUAUGGGCAUUGGGUUUUCUGGGUUGGACCAUUUUUGGCUUGCAUUGCUUAUUACUGUUAUACUUUGACCUUACCAAAGGAAGGCAUGGGAAAUAUAGAUGCUGUAGAUUGAUAAAUCAUUAAAGUACUUUAAAUUUAGUGUUUUUCUUCUUUGUAUUGAAUGAAAAUUUUAUUCU